AUGGAUGGGUCCCAGGGCCAAGCUGGGCAACCGAUGGCUGCACCACAGCAGCCACAACACUCGAACCUCAUCCGGACCGAUCAGGUGCAGAAACUGCCACACCUCUCUGACCAGCAGAAGGCUCAGCAUACCCAGUUGGUCCGCAGCCUCUGGGAGAUGCUGAACACACGCGACCCGCAGACCCACGAGUACCAGCAAGCACAUACAAAGCUCUCCCAGUUAUCUCAAAACCUGAUGAAAGGAAUGCGCAUCUUCCAGCAGAACCGCCAGGCAGCAAUGGUACAGCAUCAAAACCAGGGCGCGGUCGGUGCGCAGCAGGGUCAGGUUCAGCCGGGACAGCAGGUUCAACAACCGCAACAGGGGCAACCAGCGCAACAGGUAUCACAAGGGACACAGGGGCAACCGGUCCAGCGAACGCAGUCCAACAAUCCCCAGGCCAUCAACCAGCUCAUUCCACAAAUCCAAGCGCGAGUGAGCGCCCUGAACUUCUUCCUGCCACCAAACGUGACUCCCGAGCAAGUUCAGACAUGGAUUCCGGAAGCGCGGUUGCGGUAUGGUAUUGCUCUACAGAAGCAAGAGGUUGGGCGGGCUCGUAUGGCCGAGCUGCGUUCCUCGUAUGCCCAACGGCAAUCACAGGGUAAUAUGAGCCAGGAGGAAAUGCAGGAGUUCAAGAACAGACAGCUAGCUGCUGAAAAGCUCUUCCGGGAAGGUAGCGAAUUCCUAAACAAGUUUAAAGAACAGCAGGAAAGCUUCAAGCUCCAGUCGCAGCAGAACCCCCAAAGCCAAACGAUGAACCAGACAGGACAAACAAACCCAUCUACAAAUAUGAAUCAGACCGGGGGAGCGGCACCCCCAGCUGCGACUCAGACUGUGCCCAACACCCAGGCAGGUGCGACGAACAUGCAAUCCGGCCAAACCCCAACCCCAGCUCCCCACACCAUCAACUCCGCUGUCAAUGCUGCACGCAAUCAAGCAGGCCAGGCAAUGUCCCCCUCAGCCUCGCAGCCUGGACAGCCAGCCUCGACGCAAUCUGCAGGAAAUACCCCCGUUCCAAUCAGUGCACCACAGCCCCAGGGCCAACGUCCUCAGGCACCUUCGCAACAAGGAACACCAGGCACACAAGUCACUUUCAGCCAGACUCCUAAUCCUGAUGGUUCUACACCCACACCCCCAGGACCUCCCCAACAGGUGAACUCAGGCCCACCACGUCCCCUCUCCCACCAAGCCGCGAUCUCACAAGCCGCGCAGACAUACACCAACCCCACCCCCCAGCAAGCCACAGCCAUCAACCAACAAGCCCAAGUAAACAACCAAGCCCACCCCCAAGGCUACCUCGCCAAUCGCUCCACCGACACCUCAUCCCGCAACAUCAACAUGGCCAUCCCCAAGAACCUCAACGUCUCCACCCCCGAGCCCGUCUCCAUGCCAGCCUCUCGCCCCUCCCUCUCCGGUGGUCCCAGCCACGGCGCAAUGGGCAUGAUGGGCCAACCCGCCAUCCAAAAGCACCCAGGCUACGUCCUCGAAGGCGAAGGCCAACGCGUCCUCAGCAAGAAAAUGCUCGACAUCCUCGUCCGCCAAGUCACCGGCGGCGGCGAAGGCGAAAUGCUCACCCCAGAUGCCGAAGAGUUCAUCCUCCAAAUGGCCGACGAUUUCGUCGAUGAAGUCAUCACCCAAGCCUGCCGUCUCGCCAAACUUCGUCCCUCUUCCACUCUCGAGCUGCGUGAUCUCCAACUCGUCCUGGAACGCAACUACAACAUGCGUAUCUCUGGAUUCUCCACGGAUGAUCUUCGCACCGUCAAGAAACCCCAGCCUACUCAGGGUUGGACUCAGAAGAUGUCCGCCAUCCAGGCUGCGAAGGUUACUCAAGGCCGAUCGGAGUGA